UCCCCAGGGAGUCCCUGGGGACUCCCCUAAAAAUCCCUGGGGACUCCCGUUACGGAAUCCCCGGGGAGUUUUAGAGGGACUCCCCGGGGAGUCCCUGGGGACUUUCUUGGGGAGUGUCGAUUAGGGUGCCGUAUUCGAUUAGUAGGAUUGGCAUUGGACUUCAGACUAGUAUAUGUGAUUCGAAAUUCAUCUAUAAACUGAGGAAAAGGUCCAGUACAAGUUCUUUAUUUAGUUCAUCAAUAAGCGGCUACACAAUCUUAUCCGUUGUAAACUAUGAAAAAGGCAAACAAGGUUUAAUAACAAUUCCCUUCACUACUUAUAUCGCCGUUGUGCUCACUUUUGUGAGUAGAAUUUCGGAAGUAUAUCUCCUAGAAACUCGUAGAAAAUGAAGCAAACAAGCCUACGCUUGUUUCUUGUUUCACAGUCAGUAUAUUCGUAAAAAAAUUCAGCAGGCAAUCUCGGAAGUCGAAAAAUUGAGAAAAUUCGAACGACCUCCAAACUCGGUAAAAACAUGAUGUUCGAAAAAGUAAGCUUUUUCGACUCUGAUUUUUGGCCGGAGACAUCAGAUUAUUUUUUACUUCUUCAGCGUUGAAAAGUGAGUUGAAAAAAAGUAUUAGGUCUAUUUCGAGGACAGACGCCGCGAACAGGCAAUAAGGAUGCGUCAUUAUAAACCUAUCCAGUUUUUUGGGUGACGAGACUGUCGCUGUUCGUAAAUUAGGAAUAAAAACGAUCUACAAACUGUUCCCUAGAGUAGUUUUUGUGACUUUGUUUAGUUAGUAAUUGUAAUGCAGUUUGUCGUUUAGAUACACGGUUCAAUGUGUCAUUUCCAUCCCAUGUCGAAUAUAUCACAGGAAUCGUCUCACCGCCUAUUUUUUAAAUUGAUGUUAAUCACGCUUCGACAAUUGAUCUGAUUACACCGAGUUAUGAUGCGUCAAUAAUACCGUUAGUGUGUUACUACGCAAUGGAAACGGGACAUUCCAGGCUAAGCAGGACUAUGCUGCCGGAAGUGAACAAAGAUCGGUGUUAUUAAUUGUUGUUAAUCAGGAUUCGAAAAUCGAUCUGAUUACGGCGAAUGCGGGUAGCAACAGUGUCAGUGUGUUACUAGACAAUGGAGACGGGACAUUCCAGCCAAAGCAGGACUAUGCUGCCGGAACUCAACCGAUAUCGGUUUUUGCAAUUGAUGUUAAUGAGUAUUCGACAAUCGAUCUGAUUACGGGGAAUUUGAAUGGCAAGAGCGUCAGUGGGGUACUAGGGAAUGGAAACGGGACAUUGGAGACUCCGCAGAACUUUGCUGCCGAAGCUCAACCAAGCUCGGUUUUUUCAAUUAGUGUUAAUGAGGAUUCGACAAUCGAUCUGAUUACGGCGAAUCUGAAUGGCAAGAGCGUCAGUCUCUUGGUAGGCAAUGGAAACGGGACAUUUCAGGCUGAGCAGGUCUAUACUGUUGGAUCUGCACCAAUGUCGAUGUUUGCAUUUGAUGUUAAUCAGGAUUCGACAAUCGAUCUGAUUACGGCGAAUUCGAAUGGUAAUAGUAUCAGUGUAUUACUAGGCAAUGGAAACGACACAUUCGAGGCUAAAAAACGAAAUAUAAAGACGAUCGAGAAUUUCAGCUGA